AUGCAAAAUAACCCUUUACAAGACGAUCUGACUGGAGACCUUGCAGCAGCAGUGAGAAGGUCUUGGUCUGAGUCUCAAGAUACCGCAAGAAGGCAAGGUGGUGGUCCAUCAUAUACCGCAGAUUCUGGAGACUCGCCGAUAAGUACUCCUGUGCCAGAACCAUUUGAAGAUGUAUCUAUUCAUAAAUUCAAUUCAGUUUUUCCUCAAUCCAAUUCUAGUUCUGUAAGUGAAAGUGGAGAUGGAAAUCAUUUUAAACAACCAAAAUUACCAUCGCAACAACAGCAACAGCAACCGAUCAUAAUAAAUGAAAGUACAGGACCACAACAUUUUAAUCAGUUUUAUGGUAAUCAUCAACAUAUUUCUACUCAUAAUAAUAAUAACAGUGAAGCUAACGAUAAUAAAAACAAUAAAGAACCAGAUUAUCAGUUAUUUAAACAUCAUUAUUCCAUUUCUGAAGACCAUCGUGAUUCAGUUGUUGAGAUUUUGAAUGAUUUGGAAUUAGAAUCUCCAGAACCUGAAACAAUACAACAUAGUGCCUCUCCAAGAUUACCUGUCCAACAUCCAAUACAUGGAGCUAUAUCUCGAGAACAUCGUACAUCUGUGUCUAAACAGUCCACAACAACUAGACGUGGAUCUAUCCAAGACGUUCAAUGGGUUAGACAACUAUUGAAUCCAAGAAGUUCUUUCUCAGGUAGAUCUCUAAAUGAACCAACAACAAAUAAUGGUUCAACGGGAUUCAAUACUAUGAGUAGCAAUAAUUCCUCAACUUUUUGCCCAGGUGGUGUAUCUUAUGAUGUACCAUCUGAUAAUAAAUGUUGGGUUACAAUUCUAGUUGAUGAUUCGAUCGAAGCUGUCAAAUCGGUAGUCGUACUUAGUGAGUCUGUACGUCUUUCUGGGUCAAUAUAUCCGUUGUAUGUGAUUCAUGAUAAACAAAUUAAUAUGUCAAGAUUUAAUAAUUAUAAUGUUGCAUCUAUCCCAAUAUCAUUAGAAAAUUUUACUAAAACAUCAAAUCAAAUACGUCUUCAGAAUUGGUUAAUUUUAUCUUUAUUUAUUAAUUUAGUAGAUCAUUUCGAUGUUGUUUGUUAUAUAUCUCCAACAUGUAUGUUGGUAGAUAAUAUAGAUGAAAUCUUAACAAGUGAUGCAGUUUGCGAUGAAAUUGAUAAUGAAACGUGUGUUCUAUUGACAAAUGAUGUUGUUGAUAAUAAAGAUGAACCACAAUUAAUGAUUUUGAAACCUAAUCUAGAAGUAAGUAUGUGUAUUAAAGAAUAUUUUACAAUGUACGGGGAUGGAAAUGAUAACAAAUUGGAAAAAUUACAGACAAUGAAUGAUUUUGAUGUGUUAAAAGAAUUAUUUCAUGAUACAUGGGGUCACAUCUCUUCUAAUGGUUAUGUAUCUGUAUUACGUGAGGAUAUAAAUUUUGCAACAACAAAUCAAGUAUUUUCCAAGGUAACAGAUUUAAAAUAUUUACAACCUUGGAAUAAUAAAAUUAUCAAGAAUGAUGAUGAAGGUACUAUGUGUGGAAGAUGGCGUAAAUUAUGGAGAGAUUUUUGUCAAAAUGUGACUUAA